AUGCGAGUUAAAUUAAUACUACUUUUAUUAUUCAUAUUCUUUUGCCCGCUGCAAUCUGUUUACGGGAUUGGCUUCCACGGUAUCCCAGGAAGAUAUUGUGCUGAUAGAUCACCAACAUGUUGUCCCAAUCGAGAUGAUGAAUGUACAGUGCCAAUUCUUGGUGAUCAUCUUUGCUAUUGUGAUAUGUUUUGUGAUCGGGGUGAAUAUGGUAAUGAUUGCUGCCCAGAUUUCAAGAGUAUUUGUCGAUUUAGUGCUGAAAAAUUGACAAAAGGUCAGCCAGCUUUUUAA